AUGUGUUUGAACGUGUUCAGGAGCCAGCAUGGAGUCUUCGCGAGAUUCUCUUUGAAGAUAAAUUGGUGGGAUACGAGAUACGAGACACCGGAAGAACCUAACGUGCUGUGUGAUCCUAUAAUUCGUGCCUUCAAUGACACUAUCAAGAAACUUGAAGGUGAGAAAGUUUUCAAUUAA